GACCUCGCCCGCCCGGCCCGGCCCCCGCCCCUUGGCCUGCCGCUCCGCCCCCGCGGGGCGUCCCGGGCCGCUAGUCUCCUCGGCGUUGGCUGCCCGCGGCCCGGGGUCGCCCAGCAGAAACCAAGCAGCAACAGCCAUUGGAGAGAUGCUAAAGUUUUUCUUAACUGAUGUCAACAGUGACAAAGACUUUGAAAAAGUUGCCACUUCUGGCCCGUGCUGCUAUCAUCCUUCCAUUUACCCUUGGACAACCCAGACUGGACAUUAGUGCUUCCCUCUUUAUUCCUGUGAUCUUCCAGAUCAGCACUUGACUGUUUAUUUUCAAGACUCACAAACUCAGCCCUCAGAUCUUCACAUUCUGGUUCUCAGCUGCUCUUGAGUGUAGGUUCCAACAUACUCCAGAGUAGUAUUUUGGCUGUGACAACUCGGACCAUGUUUACCAGAGGAUAUUCAGUUGAGGACUUUGACAGUGACUUGUUACCACCACCACAGCAGAGCCUACCAUCUCCAGCAGAUCUUCAGUUGCUCCUGACAUCGCUUCUCGGCCUUUUGGCUAAGAUCAAGUGCAGUUGCUCCUGACAUCACCCCACCUUAUCUCCCUCUGUGGCUUCCUAAAUGCCCAUCUCAUUGGCCUGGGUUCAGCUGGUGGUAUGGAGGGGUGCUGCCUAGCACUGCUCUGGGAGUGUGUGUGAUCCACUGACCCAAUGGACAUCAAAGGCCAGUUCUGGAAUGAUGAUGAUUCAGAAGGAGAUAAUGAAUCAGAGGAGUUUCUAUAUGGAGUUCAGGGGAGCUGUGCAGCUGACCUGUACCGACACCCACAGCUCGAUGCAGACAUUGAAGCUGUAAAGGAGAUCUACAGUGAGAACUCUGUAUCCAUCAGAGAAUAUGGAACUAUCGAUGACGUGGACAUUGACCUCCACAUCAACAUCAGCUUCCUCGAUGAGGAAGUAUCUACAGCCUGGAAAGUCCUCCGGACAGAACCUAUUGUGUUGAGGCUGCGAUUUUCUCUCUCUCAGUACCUUGAUGGACCAGAACCAUCAAUUGAGGUUUUCCAGCCAUCGAAUAAGGAAGGGUUUGGGCUGGGUCUUCAGUUGAAAAAGAUCCUGGGUAUGUUCACAUCCCAACAAUGGAAACACCUAAGCAACGAUUUCUUGAAGACCCAGCAGGAGAAGCGGCACAGCUGGUUCAAGGCAAGUGGUACCAUCAAGAAGUUUCGAGCUGGCCUCAGCAUUUUCUCACCUAUCCCCAAGUCUCCCAGUUUCCCUAUCAUUCAGGACUCCAUGCUGAAGGGCAAACUGGGUGUACCAGAGCUUCGAGUUGGACGCCUCAUGAACCGUUCUAUCUCAUGCACCGUGAAGAACCCCAAAGUAGAGGUGUUUGGCUACCCUCCCAGCCCCCAGGCAGGUCUCCUGUGCCCCCAGCACGCGGGCCUCCCUCCCCCAGCACGGACCUCUCCUUUGGUUAGUGGUCACUGCAAGAACAUCCCCACUCUGGAGUAUGGAUUCCUCGUCCAGAUCAUGAAGUACGCGGAGCAGAGGAUCCCAACGCUGAAUGAGUACUGUGUGGUGUGCGAUGAGCAGCAUGUCUUCCAGAAUGGGUCCAUGCUCAAGCCGGCUGUCUGUACUCGGGAACUAUGUGUCUUCUCCUUCUACACCCUGGGGGUCAUGUCUGGAGCUGCAGAGGACGUGGCUACUGGAGCAGAGGUGGUGGACUUGCUGGUGGCCAUGUGUAGGGCAGCUCUGGAGUCCCCAAGAAAGAGCAUCAUCUUUGAGCCUUACCCCUCCGUGGUGGACCCCACUGAUCCCAAGACUCUGGCCUUUAACCCUAAGAAGAAGAAUUAUGAGCGGCUUCAGAAAGCUCUGGAUAGUGUGAUGUCCAUCAGGGAGAUGACCCAGGGUUCAUACUUGGAAAUCAAGAAGCAGAUGGACAAACUGGACCCCCUGGCCCAUCCUCUCCUGCAGUGGAUCAUCUCUAGCAACAGGUCACACAUUGUCAAACUACCUCUCAGCAGGCAGCUGAAGUUCAUGCACACCUCACACCAGUUCCUCCUGCUGAGCAGCCCUCCGGCCAAGGAGGCUCGGUUCCGGACUGCCAAGAAGCUCUACGGCAGCACUUUCGCCUUCCAUGGGUCCCACAUUGAGAACUGGCAUUCGAUCCUGCGCAAUGGGCUGGUCAAUGCGUCCUACACCAAACUGCAGCUGCAUGGAGCAGCCUAUGGCAAAGGCAUCUACCUGAGCCCCAUCUCCAGUAUUUCCUUUGGAUACUCAGGAAUGGGAAAAGGACAGCACAGGAUGCCUUCCAAGGAUGAGCUGGUCCAGAGAUACAACAGGAUGAACACCAUCCCCCAGACCCGAUCCAUUCAGUCCAGGUUCCUGCAGAGCCGGAAUCUCAACUGUAUAGCACUCUGUGAAGUGAUCACAUCCAAGGACCUCCAGAAGCACGGGAACAUCUGGGUGUGCCCUGUUUCCGACCACGUCUGUACACGGUUCUUCUUUGUAUAUGAGGAUGGUCAGGUGGGCGAUGCCAACAUUAAUACUCAGGACCCCAAGAUACAGAAGGAAAUCAUGCGUGUGAUCGGAACUCAGGUUUACACAAACUGAGGGGGCCCCAGCCCUCCAACCACGCUGUUCCCCAGGAUCCAUCUGCCCUCACCAAAGGGCUCAGGAGCAAAAGGUGAGACUGCCCUGCAGAAAUCGGGCCACUACCCAGGACCAGGACAAGGAUAGAAGAGGCGGCCUUCAUGGUGGAGACUGACCCAGGAACCACUCCACAGUGGAUGGCCAGACUGACUCCAACCCCCGAUUUGCCCAGUUGACUUCACCAUGUUUGUAAAUAAAACAAUAAACUGGAAGGUGCUGUGGA